UACAGGCAGUUAGAUUUGGGUAUGUCAUUUUAGGCGAAAAUUGAAAAAAAGGGUCAGAUCCUUAAGAGGUUAACUAGCCCCAUGGGGGAUAUCAAAUGCCAAAACAAACUGACAAUGGGCAUUACGCGUCUAUCAUAGUCCAAAACGUGUAUGCGGCGUACACAUUGCAGGGUUCUAGAAUAAUGGACCCGUUGGCUUUCAUACUUUUUGAAUUCUCAGCACAGCUCUAACAGUUUCUCUAAAUGUCAACACAUUCAAAUGAAUAGAGGACCCAUACCGGAGCAGUGUUGGUUGGGAAGUGUGGGGAGGUGGCGUUCGGGGUUUCAGAGCAGUGUAGCUAUGUCACAAUGGGAUGCCGGAUUAUCGCGUCUCAGCAUUGCUCCGAAUGUAUGAUUUACUUGGGUGCUGCCAGCUGUAGGUAGGAUUGAAAUUAACCCAAGGAAAACUGUUAUGGUACCCUUCAUUCUGUGACAUACAAUUUCCCCCCUAAAUUAUCUCGCAAAUCACGGUUUUGGACGAGACUGACUUUAUGACCCAAAUUAUCCUAUUUACACUUUGUAGUCAAUUUUGACACUAGAAUAAAUGUUUCUGACUCAUAUCGAGGUUUGUGUGGUGGUAUUCAUACAUGAAUAAACUUAUUGUCAUGUUUUAAAUGUUUCCCCCCCAUUUCUACUAGUAUUAGAAACAGUUGAUUAAUAUUGAGAUUACAGUGGAGGCACAUUUUGAGAUAGAAAGAGCAUAGAAAUAGAAUGAAAGACAUCAUUUGAGAGACAUUUGUAGCCCAUUAAGUAAACGUAAUAUUUUGACUAGUGACAUCACAGUUGCUUGUCGUAUAGUUGAAUUGAUGGCAAUUACAUUUCAAAUCAAUCUCAAAUUCAAUUAAUUCAAUUCGAAAUUAAUUUUGGUAUUUGCGCCACACCAUUAUUGCGUGACCUCGUGACAGAACUCGUCAAUAUCUCCGCCCCAAAUAGGCAGUCAUGCACUACCAUUGUUCAACCAUUUGUUUUGCCAGAGAAAAGGCAAACGUGUAGGAUUCGAGUAGAUUUUGAUAGUCUAAACAUUCUUGUUUUCUAAACAAAGUUAAAGAUUUACUAGCAAAUGACAAUGGAGAAUGCUGCCCACCUUCAAAGUCAGCUAACCUCUCUCAUGAACGCUGUAAUGAGGGCAGCGGUCGUGGAAAUAGUCAGACUUGUAGAGGGCAGCGCCGUGGUCCUUCGCGAAGAGUUGUACAAGAGUAAACGGGAGAACGAAGCACUGAAAGCCGAGAAUGAUUCGAAUAAAAAUAAACUCAAACAUUUGGAAGCAAAGCUAGCGGCGGAGCAGCGUUCCGUCGGUUGUCAUGUAGCCGAAGCUGGUGGCGAUAAAGAUGAAUUUGUCCACACAAAGGAUGUUAAGGCUUGUGCAGAGAAGACCGGCGCAGGGCUGCAAUCUCUGGAGUCAGCAGGCCAAUCCCAGGCUACAGCUUUCAAGGAAGGGGAAGGCCUAAAAGUUGUUGCCAUGGAGAAGGAUGGAAUAAAAGUACUUCCCAUCAAGAAGGAAAUAAAUGAAGGCACAGAACAUGACACACCAUCUCCAAUGACAGGUGAGCAGCUGUGUCCCAAAGUGGACAUGGUGUAUGGCAAGGAGUGGAGCCAAAGCCUGUGGCGAGACGGAAAAGAAAAAGGAGACAAUAAGGACAGAACAGAGGAGAAAGAAACUCCAGGACCAUCAAUGACCCAGCAUCAGAAAAGGAAAAGGAGAAUUGUACAUUAUGCGGAUGAUUGGAUUGAAGAGGAGGACUGGAUUAAAGACGAGGGCGUACCAGUGCAAACCAAUGAAAGUAUUGAUACUUCAGUCAUCCCAUUUAUGGCGGACAGUGAUUUGUCAGAGUAUGGAGACGGACUAUCCACAUUUUGCAGCCAAGGGAAUUACAUGGAUGCCAUAACAGAGAGCUUGAGAGGCAGAUUAGGGUCUGUUAGGGACAAACAAACCACACGAUUGAAAACUGGAUUGUUGGGGAAUACGAAUGCCAAGAAGAAACAGAGAAUAAUUGAACUAGGCUGGAUGGACUUCAAUGAAAAGGGGCAAGAGUACAAGCAAGUCAGGACAGUAAACGGUGGCGGUACAAGACACCUCUAUGUUGACAAAAAGAAAACUGUUGAAGAAAUCAAAAUAAUGGCAGAGGAAAUGUUUUUCCCAAAUGGACUUUCAAAGAAAAACACACAACUGGAGGACUAUCAUAGAGAAAUUAGGUGGAGGUACUCUCAAGUAAACAAUUCAAGCACUGUGGAGGAACUUUAUGAGGAAACCAAAGUGGGAUGUCUCCGACUCUAUCUUUUCACAAAGGCACACAAUGUCAGAGAUUUUGGGGUUGUAGUCAGUGCCUAUACACAGAGUACGCGCUGCGCGUAGGGCCCCGCCGUGACCAACCUACAAAUUAUUUGAUAGAAUAUUGAAUUUGGUCUUUACUACUAUAGCCCAUAGAAACACAUUGAAUAACACAUUCAUAAAUGGAAAAAAAAAGACAAUAAAUCAAAAAAAGAAAUCAUAAGGUUUUAAAGUGUCUGUCCUAUAUCUAUGAGAUAUAAGAAAACUCAGGAAAUAUUUUGUUUUUUUGGACACAUUUUAACCAAAUUUUUUUGUUGGCACAACUACCUCCAUACUUCCAUUCAUUUGUAUGGAUUACCUUCAGACGUGUCCCGUGACACUUGUAGGGGUCGUAGAGCAAAACGGAGAACACCAUCGAUUGGUCUGACAAACAGCCCUGUAGCUCUGCCACAUUCCACCAAAGAUAUCUCUAGUUUAAACUGACCGAUUUUGAUGGGGAUUUCAUUAUCACGUUAAUUAGAUUGCGUCAAUAGACUCUCAACUGCCUAAUUCUUGAGUACACAAUUACCAUAUAUUUGGAUUAAUUAGAUUAUAGAUGUAUGUAAAAUAAUUGAGUGGAAAUGUUUACUCUAUGUAUUAAAACUGUUACUUGUUUUGUUUGUA